AUGUCUCAUCUCAAGUAUUCCACAUAUGAAGGCGCGGGCGAGUACCUCACCAACCUGCUUGGCUACAGUCAAGUCGUCCGAGUUGGCGAUCGCAUCGAGAUCAGUGGACAAGGUGGCUGGACGCUCAAGGAAGGCGAACUUGUGUUCCCAGAAACCCAGCUUGAGCAAAUUGACCAGGCAUUCCACAAUGUCGCCACAGCUCUCAAAGCGGGCGGUGGCAAAGGCUGGGAGCAAGUCUACCGAGUCAAUUCGUACCACACUGAGAUCACACCAGAAGUUGGUCAGAGAAUGGCCGAAAAUUACAAGAAAUGGAUGCCAAACCACAAGGUCAUUUGGACUGAGCUUGGUGUCGCGCAAUUGGGAGUACCUGAAAUGAAGGUUGAGAUUGAGGUGGUGGCAAUUGAUGCUGAUGCAGCAGCCAAAGCGUGA